AUGUACAAAAGACAUCUUCCGCCGGCUCAUUAUUCAUUAAAGAUACAAUCAUUUUCCUUAUUAUCAACAUCCAACGCGGACAAGUAUGAAUCUGGUGUUUUUGAAGCUGGGGGCUACAAUUGGAGACUAUCUCUUUACCCUAAUGGAGAUAAGGACAAUAAUGGGUUGGGAUAUAUUUCCUUAUAUUUGUCAAUUGAGGAGACAAAUAAGCUUCCUCACGGUUGGGAGGUUGAUGUCAACUACAAGCUUUUUGUGUAUGACAAGAUACGAGACACAUACCUGACCAUCCAAGAUGGUGAUGGGGCAGUGAGGAGCUUCCAUGACUUGAAGACCCAAUGGGGGUUUUCUCAGUUUCUAUCCUUGGAAACAUUCAAGGAGGCUUCAAAUGGAUACCUUGUGGGCGACUCUUGUAUAUUUGGGGCCGAGGUUUUUGUCAUCAAAUCUACUGGCAAAUGGGAGUCUCUUACCAUGAUCAAAGACCCGCCAAACAAGACAUUCACUUGGAAGAUGCAAAGCUUCUCCAAAUUAGACCAGAGCAUUUACUAUUCUGACGCCUUCACUGUUGGAGAGAGUCGUUGUUACUUGGUAAUAAAGACCUUCCUCCCAAGAGAAAAAGUGUAUCGCGAGUGCAAUUUACGCGUGUUAGACCAGCUGAAUGAUACCCAUAAGGAGAGAAAAAAUUGCCACUGGGUCACAGGAUCAGAAAAUUCAUGGGGUUUCCCAGACUUUAUGUCCUUAGAGGAUCUCCAUAAGCCAUCGAAAGGGUUUAUUUAUAAUGAUGUUCUGAUUGUUGAAGUUCAAUUCCUCGUGGUGUCGGCCGUCAAGGUUGUUGGAGUUUGA